CCCCUUCGGCAAAAGAGAGGCAUCAGACAAAGCUGCUAAUGCUUCAUUUUUGGCAACCAGAGCAGUAGAGAUAAGAGAGGAUUCGGGUCUUUGCAAAGGAGGAGCUAAUAACGGUUUGGACAAAAAUAUAAUCAAUAACAAAACAUGAUUGCCUUGAAAGGAUUACGGUGCAAUAUCCUGGAAACUAAAUCUCCUUGUGAGUCACCCAGAAUCCUGUUUGGUCCAUUCAAUUUAUUUUCUCAGAAAAGAUGGAAAAAACCAGUGGAUUCAGCCCAAACACGCUUGGAGAACCGAACAAGGGAUCUCAAAUUAGACAAACUCAUGAUCCAUCAAAAUAAACUUAAAAUCAUCCUCAAAAUUUACGAACUGAUGUCGAAUAGGAAGCGAGGUCCGUAUGUUUCUGUACAACUGAUGUCUCGUUGGAAGAACCUGAUUGGACUGCAUGUGGGUAUUGGAACGUUUCUUCACAAAUAUCCACAUGUUUUUGAGGUGUUUACACACCCCAGUGGAAGGAACUUGUGUUGUAGGAUUAAUGGUAAAAUGAGGGAUUUGAUCAACGAAGAAGAAAAAGUCUCUAGAGAAUGUGAAAUGGAUGUGGUGAAGCGGAUUAAAAAGUUAUUAAUGAUGUCAAAAAAUCAGACUCUUCAUGUUCAUGCUUUGAGGUUGAUGAGGAGAGAAUUGGGUUUGCCUGAGGAUUUUCGGGAGUCAAUAUUAGGUAAGUAUACAUUGGAUUUUAGGUUAAUUGAUUUGGAAACUGUCCAAUUGGUUAAUAGAGACGAGACGUUAGGCCUGGCUGAAGUUGAAAAAUGGAGAGAGAAAGAGUACAUCGAGAAAUGGUUGAGUGAGUUUGAAACAAGAUUUGCAUUCCCUAUUAAUUUCCCUACUGGCUUCAAGAUUGAGGGAGGAUUUAGGGACAAGUUGAAGAAUUGGCAAAGACUUCCGUAUUCAAAGCCUUAUGAGAGAAAGGAAGCUGUUUGGGUGCGCACAUGUGGAGGGAUUGAGCAGUUUGAGAAACGAGUGGUUGGGAUUAUACAUGAGUUGCUUAGCUUGACUGUGGAACAAAUGGUUGAGGUUGAAAGAUUAUCUCAUUUUAAGAAGGAUUUUGGUACGGAAGUUAAUAUGCGUGAAUUACUGUUGAAGCACCCUGGCAUAUUCUAUAUAUCCACCAAGGGCGGCAUCCAGACUGUUUUCCUUAGAGAAGCAUAUAGCAAGGGGUGUUUGGUUGUGCCAAAUCCGAUCUAUGUUGUUCGAAGGAAAAUGCUGGACCUUCUUGUGCUGGGCUGCCAAAAUUCUCGAGAAUUUGGAGCCCAAGAAGAAAUCAAGGAUGUGAAUAAAAAUUUGAUCUGUAAUGAAGAUAGGAAAGAUAGAAUAGAGGGAGACUCAGUCCCAAAUUUUGAUAACUAUGAUAAAGGAAGCUCCCAUGGUAGUGGUUGUGGUUUUUCUACUUUAUCCAAGGAUUAGUUCCAAAGUGAAAGGCAAUGUGCCUUUGAAUUGAUUAAAGUUGACUGAAUUAUGUUUCACAAUUGUUACACAACAUGGUCUUCUUUGCUUAGUUUAUUGGAUCUAGGUGUGAGUGGACAUGGAGAAGGAUGGGGCUGGUAAGUUACUUUUCCCUUCUAAUCCUUGAGGUUGCAUGUCAAAUGCUGCUACUUUAUCUAUCCCUAUAACAUUUCACUCCUCAAGAUGCAGUAUCAUGGCCGUUUAAAUAGGUUUUGUUGUGAGGAUGUAUUUAUGCCUUAUGCCUUAUCCAUUAUCCGUUACUUGAAACAAUUUGAAACUAAACCGAGCUUGACAAACUUUUCCCAAGGCUUUAUGGAUGAAGGUAUCAGCUUCCGAUAUUCUUAUUCAGAGUUCUCAUUCUUUCAUUAUUUAGAUUUCUUUGUGCUAGUAAGCCCUCUCUAAUGUUGGACUUUAGCAGCAAUGCCAUUUAUUUAUGAUUUGGUUAAUGACAGGGCAUAAUGUAAAGAUACCGAUGUGCUUUUUUUCUUUUUAAUUAUGUCAUUAAGUAAUUUAAAUUUUAAUCCACCUGCUGUAGACUGAAGAAGUGCUUGUUCAUGGUUAUUUCUAUUCCUUUUACUUGGGUUGAUCUAGCAUCUGGAUGUUCCCAAUCGAAUGUUUAAUUUUCCCUGUUAUGUUACUUUUUUCCUCAUGGAUAGGCUAAAUUUCUCAAGUAGACUUCUUUCUAUUUAGGAGGGGGAGUUCAUGUAAUGUUUCCAAAACCUCUAUUGUUGAGUAGUAUGCUGGAUGUGUUUGAAAUUGAUUUUUGAUCUUUGCAGCUGCAAGUUUGUAGCGAUGGGAACAGAAUGCUGCUCUCCAAAAUCAUGGCUUGAACACUUAACUGCUUCAAUGUCCUGGUUUCAUUCUCCCAUGAGGCUUAAUUUUGUCCUUCAUACUCUAAGCCGAGCACCUUAAAAACACUGGAAUAUUGCAAGAGGAAAAUUUUUAAGGGCAUCCGACUACAUAUCUGAGUGUUGAUGAAGUGAAAAGGAAAAUCAUGGAAAGAAAAUGCAGGUACGGCCUUUUUCUGUAUCAUGGUAAGUGGCUUCCCCUGCAGGACCCCUGAUUAAUUGAGGUAAA